AUGGUGGCCAUCAAAAACAUUAUCCUCUUCAUCUCCGCAGUUUCUGCCGCCGUUAUUUCCAAGCGAACACCGGAAACCAUUCUCGCUGAUAUAGCCACCGUCGAUACCAACCUUAAAGCUCUCACAACUGCUGUGGACAAUUACAAUGGUGGAUUCUUCCAACUACUUGCAGUCAAUAGCGCAGAAUCAACCCUGGACACUUCUAUCAAGAACGCCGCCACAGACGCCAGCAACACAUCUCAGCUUUCAUCCGACGACUCAAGUAACAUCCUCGCAGCAGUUAACAAAUUGAUCCCCGAUAUUCAAACCGCACUCGAUGCACUCGUAGGAAAGAUGUCAACGUUCGAUUCCGAAGGACUCAAGUCAACCGUUGCGGGAGAUCUAGCGGCUCUGAAAAAGGACACUGAUACUUUUGGAAAGGCUGUCAAUGCCAUUUCUUCGUCAGAUGUAAAGUCUGACUUUGUUGUGGCUGUGAGCAAGAUUGAUACUGCUUUUACUACUGCAGAGGCUCAGUUUUAA